UAGCUCUCCAAGUGCUCCGUUGGGAUACGAACCUACAGUGUUUUAGGACAAGUGAGAAGUUAAUUUCGUGGUUUUAUUUGCCUGAGUAGCAGUCUGCGAACCCCAAGAUGAGAGCAGCAGCCUUAGUGUUGUGUCUGGUGGCCGUCACAGCUCCCCUGGCCAGCGCUACGUUCGGUCUGCUGAAGGCCGGUACCGCCGCGGCAGGCCUUCCCCUCGCCCUUCCUGCUGCCACUCUGGGAGGAGGCUUGGCUGCUGUCAAGGUCCUGAAGCUGCUCGGCCUGAAGAAGCUGAAGAAGAAGUUCGGAGGACUCGGAGGAGGAUACGGCGGCGAAGGACUCAACUUCGGCGACUCCUUCGGCAAGCUGCCUCUGCCCAGCUUCGCCCCGACGCCCUUCCACGGGGGGCCGCCGCCCUUCUACAUCGUGCCCGGAUCCUACUUCGACGGCGGCAGGAAGAAGCGCGACGUGCAGCAGGCUUCGAGCUUUGACGUCACGGAGGUCAAGCCGGCGACCCUCACUGUCCAGGAGGACGACUACUUCUCCUUCGUCUUCGAGGCGGACCGCGACGGCUGCGUCCAGAAGCUCGUGUGCGGACUCUCGGGCAACGCUCCCGAACAGCUCUCUGAAGACGGAGAGGUUAUCAUGUCGCUCUUCAGAAGCGAGUCCGCCCCGGCCUACACGACCCUGGGGAACCCCAAGGGCCCCUUCGACUACGCAGCGUGGAUCGGCAGGACCUCUCAGAGCCCGGACUUCACCUGCUCGCAAGUCUACGACCAGUGUGACAUGUCGCCCCAGCAGCUCAUGGAACGCUUCGAAGCCAGUGAAGCCCUUGGGACCGCCGAGGCUCUGGGGGCCGCUGGAGCUCUUGAAGCCAGCCAAUAGGAGAGCUUGGUGAGGAGACAGAGGCUCCUGAAAAACCUGAAGCUAGCGGAGUAUUAGAAGAAAUGAGGGGUAUAGAAGAAUGAAGAUUUUAUUUGAUUUAUGUUGUAUAUGUUGAUAAUGCAUCUUCUUGUGCUGUCGAAAUUUAGCUCUAUGUGGCCGGCAUGGACAGCCCAGUAUUCAAUGCAGAAUUUAUGCCUGUAAUUACGUGUGUAUCUAUUUCU